UCAGUGCACUCGAAUUUCAUUACACAAGCGUCUUAACACUGAAAUGGUUUUCGUUGGUUUCUCGCGUCAAAUGAGUUUGACACGGUGAUAUUUACAAUCUUACUACGAUCACUUAUACUAUGUAAUUAUCAGGAAAAAUGCAAUGAGAAGGCAGAGAGAAUUAAUUUAACAAAAUUAUGCGUUUGAGCGAUGAAUCGGAUUUGAUCUGAACGAAUGGCAUCAAGACAGUAAAGGGUUCAAGAGAGGAAUAUAAAGAACAUGGCUGAGAGGAAAUCAAAUCGAUACGAAACUUUAUGGAUUGUUCUAGCACUGUUAUGUUUUGCGAGGACUACACACUGUGGCUUAUUCCCUGACCUGGUUGAUUUAGCCGAGUUUAAACCUAUAACGGCGAGCUCUAUUUGUGGUUUGAAUGGUGCUACAAGACUUUGCAAGUCUUCGGAGAAAGCCAGUUCAGUGCAAGUUUGCGAGGAAAACACUUGCGAGUUUAAAUGUUGCGCAAAUUGCCGCAACUCCAAACCAAUACCCUCAAAUAUUGGUGACAAUAGUAGAGGAAAUGUUAUACCACCGAAUGGGGAGCCAAGAAACGGGUCUUCGGAUCCUUCUUUUGUAUUCGAAGCUAGCUCAAGCUCUAACUUACAACCUAGAGGUGUCCCGUACAUUGAGUAUCUUUCCUUGGGUUUCACCCUCAGUUUAUGGAUGAAGCAAAAAGCAGGAAACAAAGGAACCUUAUUUGUGAAGGCUGAGUCUGCAAGUCCCUACAAGGUCAUCUUCCAAAUAGAGAUACAGAACUAUAAGCUCUGGUUCUACUAUCAAACGUCUUCUAGUAAUAUGUCUGUUGUUGAGUUAACGCCUCUCCAGAGUCAAUCUAAAGAUCUAAAGGAGUUCCAGUGGCAUGUUAUCUCAGUGUCUGUAGUCAACACAGAUUUGUCUUAUUACAUCGAUGGAAUAUUUAUCCAAGGCGCGACCCUUACAGGCCCUAUUGUAGAUGGAGGUGGACUGCCGCGUGUUGGACAAACACAGAGUGGUGGAAGCCAGUUUGAGGGAUUCAUGCAGGAUAUAUUUAUGUACGACCGUGCCAUCAGUAACAGGGAGAUCAUGGAGGCACUAACAGGUAAUCUGGAGAAGGCCUACAUUGCAACAAAUUGUCGAUGUCCUCCCGGGUAUCCCAAAAUAAGUACCUCAAAACCAGCAAAAUGUGCAAAGAACAUAGAGAAUGCAGAAGAUGAAGUGUUCCGUUUAGCAACUACUGCACACCCUAGCGAGUACAUGACUGAUGCAGAUACAACAACGUACUGGCAAUCAGCAGUGACAGACAAUGCGACAGUGGAAGUGGAUCUAUUGUAUCAAGAACUACAAAUCUUCUUUGUGAUUAUGCUAUUCUAUGGGCCCCCACCGGAAGCAAUACUUAUUGAGAGAUCACGUGAUCGGGGUUCUACCUAUAAACCAUGGCAGUACUUUGCUAGUGAUUGUCAAAGCUCAUUUGGAAUGGAAAACAAUGGAAAUCUUGUGAAUCCUGACUCUAUUAACUGUAUACAGUAUCAACGUCCAUUGCCUUAUAGUAGUGCCACGAUCGCCUUCAAACUGGAAAAGUCAAUACCAGCAAGGCCUUUUGGUGCUCCCUGCAGCAACUUGUACUGCUCAACGAAAUUCCUGGAUUUUAUCAAGGCAUCUAACGUCAGGAUUCAGCUAUACAACCACACACUGAUCCAAAAUGAGAAACACCGAUACUUUGCUCUCAAAAGAGUUCUUGUUACCGGGAGGUGUGAGUGCCAUGGCCACGCCCAAAAGGUGACAUUCAUCAAGGGGAAUUCCUCAUCUCCUGGGAGGUGCCGAUGCGAGUGUGAUCCGAGUACAUUCACUCAAGGAGAAAAGUGCGAAAGCUGCCUUCCCAUGUACAACAACAAAGCGUUCCUUCGAGGCACAAACGACGACCCGUACCCAUGUGUCAAGUGCGAGUGUAACAAUCACGCUAGUGCCUGCUACUACAACAGCUCCCUAGACCCCUCCCCUGCGUCACGAACUGUGGGGGGAGGUGGCGUAUGCAUCAAUUGCCUGCACAACACCGCCGGUCAGUUUUGUCACGUGUGCCGUGACGAUUUCUUCCGGGAGCCCGGGAAAAGCCUCAGCGCCGUCGACGUGUGUUCGCCAUGUCAGUGUACUGGACCCGGAGUAGAAACAGGAAAAACUAGUUGCGCCAGGGAUGACAGCACGCCCGGUGUCAUAGCGGGCCAGUGCGAAUGCAAACAAUACACUCAGGGACGCCAAUGCGACGCGUGUAAACCUGGCUUUUACGAUCUCAAGUCAAGCCACAGCACCGGUUGCGUGACAUGCGGGUGUAACACUGCUGGCACCGUGAACAGAAAUGCGUCAUGUGACCAAAGUCGCGGCCAGUGUUAUUGCAAGUCUAACGUGACAGGAAGAACGUGUGACACGUGUGAGAGUGGGUUUUACGGAUUGCGUGACAACGACCCUUCCGGUUGCAGAGCUUGUGAGUGUGACCCGUUUGGUACGUUACCCGGAAGUGUGUGUGACGCGGGCAGCGGUCAAUGCCGAUGUAAAGCAGGCUCCACAGGGCUUCGGUGUCACUUGUGUGAGGACGGAUACCAUUCUCUUGAUAGCUCGGGCUGCAAGACCUGUAAUUGCUCUACCAUCGGCGCCAAACCUGGUCUAGUUAACACAUGCGACAAGACCAAUGGCCAGUGCUAUUGUAAGACUUACGUCGAGGGUAAGACUUGCGACCGGUGCAAGACUGGGUACUACAACCUCACAACAGUCAACCAGGACGGGUGCUCCCUGUGUUCGUGCGAUCCAAAGGGUAUCCAAGGGUCGUCCCUUACUUGUGAGGUGUCUUCUGGGAACUGCACGUGCAAGAAAUACGUGAGAGAGCCGACCUGCGGGCAAUGCAUGAAGGGAUACUUCAACCUCAGCAGCAGUAAUCCGGAGGGGUGUCAAGCGUGCAAUUGUAACCCCAAGGGGACCCUGGGCGGGGACCGUACGCCAGCAGGCGAACUCGAGUGCAGUGGUAGUAAUGGCAAGUGUGCCUGCCUUACCAACGUCCAAGGGCUUCGCUGCGAUCAAUGCGUCUCCGCUUACUACUGGAAUCCCAGUGGUUAUGGCUGCAGUCCUUGUAACUGUGACGCAUCUGGCUCUCUGGCCACCAACUGUAACUCCACGGGUUACUGCCAGUGUAAGCCGAAUAUCGGCGGGCGCAGGUGCGACAGGUGCAUGCCGGGAAGCUAUGGAGGCCCCGGAAGCUGCAAGCCGUGUAACUGUAACAUGGCCGGGAGUCUGUCAGACACAUGUGACGACUCGGGCAAGUGCAAUUGCAAGCCAAACGUCCAGGGAGACAAGUGUGAUACUUGCAAAGAUGGCACGCAGAACCUACAGGUUAACAACGACUUCGGAUGCAGCGGAGUUCCGUCACAGCAACCCGCUCCAGUGAUCACUGUCAGCUCAUCGCGUAGACUCGACCUGGCGUGGUCCCCCCCAGAUAACCCGAACGGGAUCAUCCUUCGCUACGAGCUUUACAGGAACGGCACAGAGGUCUACCGAGGUGUGAUCCGGGGGUACAACGACACCAACCUACAGCCCGACACUCUCUAUAUUUAUUACAUCAUUACCUACACCGAGGCUGGCUCUACGCGGAGUGCGAACAACGGUGAGGCACGGACGCUCGAAGACGCACCGGAAAGUAUCGACCAGCCAUCGAUUACCGAUAUUCAGCCGAGGAGCGUGAAGGCAUCGUGGACCGCUCCGAACGCCCCGAACGGUAUUUUGACAGAGUAUCGACUUCUGUCGGUAAACAAUCGGAAUUCGUCGGAAAUCGUGCACUUCGCAGGACUGUCUCUGAGCGCGAGCGUUGACAAUCUGAGACCAUUUACUAAUUAUAGCUUUACAGUGGUGGCUUGUAACUCUGGCGGAUGCCGCCGAAGUGUUCCGACGUCUAUCACAACAUUGACGACAGCUCCCGACUUCCAGCCGAUGCCUACCGUGAGCCCGCAGCCUGGCGGUACGGUGGUCCACGUGACCUGGGAUGAGCCCCCGGUGCCUAAUGGGAAUAUAUACAUGUAUGAGAUCUAUAUGCGGGGGAGGCCGUUCUCUGGAGCUGGAACUUUGAAGUUUAAACUGUAUCCCCAAAAUAACCCCGAGGACCCGCGUAACACAUCGGUCAGCGGACUAACUCCCUUUACAGAAUACGAGUUUCGGGUUGUGACUUACACGGCCCCGACCAGCGGUGAUACGAGCAGUGAAUGGAGGAGACAGCGGACUGCCGAGGGAGUGCCCUCCGGUGAGUCUGCAAUGAGCCCGAGCGCAUCACCGGCAAGCAGUAGCUCAGUACAAGUCACGUGGUCUCCUCCCCAGACUCCAAACGGUAUCAUUGAAAGAUACAUUGUAAAGACUUACAGCCCACCCGCACACAACAUUGUUGCUAAGCAACAAGAAGUCAACGUUACGUCAUUAGAGGUCGUGGGCUUACGGCCUUACAGCGAUUACAAGUUCACUGUUUCCGCCUGCAAUAGCUACGCGUGCACAGGCCCCAGUUCCCAAGCUUCGGCGCGGACAUUGCCAGCCGCACCGGAAGGUCAAGGUGAACCGGAAGUAAUCCAUACCAAUUCUACUUCCGCCACGCUGAACUGGACUCAGCCCCAGACUCCAAAUGGUCCACUGCCACCGGCGUAUAACCUUUCGCGCGCUUUUGCCGCAAUGCACUACCCCCCACCUGAAGUGAUCGCUGGUGCUCAUUUCCCGGGCAACGGGUAUUACAAAUUUCCGGGAAGUUACGUCAGAGAGGGUACUACCAAUGAGAUCGAGUUGUGGUUCCGCACCCAGUAUCCCGAUGGUUUGAUCCUGUUUCUAUCGGACAGCUCGCAAGCGGACCUGCUUGCUGUGGUGCUCCGCGAGGGGAAACCCUGGUUCAUCUUUGACUGUCAAACUGGACCAGCGGCCUUCACUGUUAGCGCAGCCGUCACUUUCGAUGACAACCAAUGGCAUCGCUUACAGUUGACUCGUAAAGAUAGUGUCGGUACUUUGACAGUAGAUGGGAUCUACACGGCUUCUGGUUCAAGUUCCGGCGCCAGCACUUUCAUCUCCAUGGGGACCGGUGUCUACAUUGGCGGGCUACCCACAGAUUUCAUCAUCACUCGUUCCGAUCCUCCCGCGGCCAGAGUGGGCCGGUACCCAUUCAUUGGUUGUAUUAAAAGUGUGACGUCACAGGGGAGUGGUCCGUGGCAGUGGGAACAAGCGGUCGCUAAGGAGGGUGUGGACCCGGUCAUGAACGCCUGUCCUGUCCGUGACAACGAGAAGAAGAACUUACCCGGGGUUUUACUACGAGGCGGUGGUUACAUAGCUCUCGCUCCCAGCGUCUUCAAUGGGGGUAACGGCAUUUUCGUACUUUCCCUCUCUUUCCGGACAUACUUCAAGUCCGGACUCUUGUUAUUCACCUACGGGCCUUCAUCCCACGUCGCGGUCUCACUGGUCAGCGGCCAAAUUAAGGUGCGGUUACAAAGCCCUCUAAAAGAAGCUGUGUAUACUUCCGCGGUCGCCAAUGACCUAUGCGAUGGGUUCUGGCAUCGUGUGGAAAUCACUGGAGUCGGAAACUUUAGCUUCGUCUUCACCGUCGAUGGGGUCAAAAACGUUGAGACCGCUGUUGAUAAAAUCGCAGUUACAUCUCCCUUGUACAUUGGCGGGAUACCGCUGGACAAUAACAAUGCAGUCGCGGCAGCUAAUAAAGCAGGACUAGAUAUUCAGGAUACCUUUGGUGGUUGCAUCCGGGACGUAACAACCGACACGAAUGUUCUGUUUGGUCGGGAGGUACUGGCAAUGAGAAACUCCGACUUAGAUGGAUGUGUUUCUAAUAAAACACUGAAUGUCACCCAACCCAGUAGCGCAUGCGCAGUAUUCCAGAGCACUGUCAUCACUACCCAAAAUACUGUGCGGUAUUUCGACACUGGCGUACAGCCGUUUACAGACUACCUGUACAGAGUGAGCAGUUUCCAAGCCGGUACAAGCGGGUCAGCGGAUAGUGCUUGGAUGUACAUGCGCAGCGGGCAAGGAGAUCCACAAGGUCUUUCUGCGCCGACAUCCGCUGUCCCCUUAAAGGGCGGUCGCACAGCUAGCGUCACCUGGAAUCCCCCAACUCUACAAAACGGCCUCAUCACGCACUACGUCAUACGAGCCUAUGACGCUUUCGCAAGCGGUAAUCCUGUGGAUUUCCGCGUGUCUGACCCCGCCCUGCUGAAUGUGACAAUAACAAAUCUGACGCCGUACACAACAUACCGUGUGCAAGUGGCGGCGUAUACCCAGGGGGGUAGUGCCGAGGGGCCAGGCCUCAGCGUGACUACACUACAAGCAGCUCCUGAAGAAGUCCCUACCCCCACUGUAAAGGCCGCACCCUUCGCCUUUAUCCUCACAUGGACCCCUCCCGCCAAGCCGAACGGGGUCAUCACCCUCUACAACCUAACGCUAGACGGUCGUCUGAUGUAUAGCGGGCUCACGCGGGCGUUCAACAUCUCCGGCCUUGAAGUAUACAACGAGUAUACCCUGCAGCUACUCGCUUGUACCGCGGAGGGGUGCACCCUUGGCCCCGCCCUCAAAACACGUACCGGGGAGCUCCCCCCUGAGGGACUUAAGUCACCCAGUAUUGUAGUACAGGGCAAUGACUCAUUGCAUGUUCAAUGGGAUCAGCCAACUAAACCCAACGGUAAACUUAUCGGUUACGAAGUUUUGAUGGCUACCGUGGACGUACCCUCAGAGUACAGAGUGGCGUACAAUGGUUCUGAACGCCAACUCAGCGCGGAAAUAGAUGGACUUAUAACCGGCACCUUGUACUACGUCCGAGUCAAGGCCUUCACGAAUGGCGGCGGGACGGUCAGUAACGCUUCCACGGCCCGGACGGUGUCCGGUAUUCCUAGCGGGAUCCCGGCACCGAGAGUGAUCGCGUUGAGUCCCAGUUCACUCCUAGUGAUCAUCCGUGACCCGUUGAACCCGAACGGUGUCAUCACCCGCUACGAGAUUUACGAGGACGGAGGGGUCGUCCCAGUCUUGAACGCGACCACCAAGCAGAACUACACGGCCACAGAGUUCCCACCGUACAGCCGCCACACCUACCGCGUUCACAUGUGCACCAUCAAGGGCUGCAACCCAGGCGAAGAAGCCGUCGCCUACACCCAAGAGAUCGCUCCUAACGGCACCGUACACCUCACCGCUACCCUCAUUAACCCGACCACCGUUCGCGCAAACUGGUCCCACGUGGCCGUACCUAACGGGCGACUAUUCUAUAAUCUGAUGGUCAGCGGUCGCUUUAUCGUGCGCGGGUCCAUUACCAUGGAGACGGAGUUACGUGUUGAGAGGGCUGCACGCGUGGAGUAUGCCGGGAGAGAGUUUGAAUAUGCUGGACUUCUGCCGUAUAAUCGUUACGAGUUCUUUGUCAACGCGUCUAACACCGUCGGGUAUAUACUGAGUAACAUCAUCUCAGGAACGACCGGCGAGGCGGCUCCUGACGGCAUCAGACCACCAAACGUCACCGUUCUGAACUCGACAGCCGUCAUGGUCUCAUGGCAACCGCCCGCUCUCCCGAAUGGCGUGUUGCUAGGUUACGAGCUGCGUCAGAAGUCAGGUGACCUCGAGACUGUUGUGUAUCGAGGGAAUGGCUUAGAGAAGCUUGUCACGGACCUGAAACCUUACACUCUGUACCAGUUCCGCAUCAACGCUAAUACCAGCGCGGGGCCUGGAUUCGGUAACUGGACGAGUGUAGUGACCGAUGAAGCAGUCCCAGGCCCCCUAGACCCACCCCGCCUUGUGCCCGACUCAACGGAUGUCCUCCUGGAAUGGAACCGUCCCGUCCCAGAGAAUGGCGUAAUCGUCCGCUUCGUCAUUUUCCGGAACGGAACCGAGGCUGUCCGUAUCCCAGGCAACGUGACGCGACACAGGGUGACCGGUUUAAAGCCAUUCACCUUUUAUACGUUUGCCGUGAACGCUUGUACUACCGUGGGUUGCUCGCGCAGUGGGGACGCGCUCACGCGGACCUUGGAGUCAGUACCCGAAGGCCUUAGCGCACCGCGUCUCACCGCCCUCGCCCCGAGACACAUCAAAAUCCAGUGGGACACCCCCACAGUCGCCAACGGCAUCAUCCUCUACUACUCCAUCGAUCGUCGCGAAGUCGGUGACGUGUCGCCUACCAAUAUCACGUCCAUCAAUGCCUCGUUACCGCGCGAGUACGUGGAUACCACAGCAAGCCCGGUGACCACAUACCAGUAUCGCGUGGUGGCGUUCACUACCGGUGGGGGUACCCCUAGCCCGUACAGCAACAUUACCACCGGCGAGGGAGAUCCAGAAGGCAUCAGCCCGCCCACCGUGCGCGCCCUCAGUCCCUUCGCACUGCACGUGGUCUGGACCACGCCCACUAAGCCAAAUGGUCACGUGAUACGCUACAUCGUGCGCGUUCUGGAGACUGGGUCUAACAACACUAUAAAUGACACGUCGGUGUUUGAGUUCAACGUUACGGGCUUGAUGCCGUAUAUUGAAUACAGCAUCGUCAUUUCCGCUUGUACAGCCGGGGACUGUGGUAGCAGCCAGCAGACAAAAAUGCGCACGCUUGGAGCAAACCCCUCGGACCAGCCCUCCCCGACAGCCAAGGCUGUGUCGGCUACAGCACUUCGGGUGGAAUGGGACCCACCGUCAAGACCUAACGGCGAGAUCAGGCGAUUUGAACUCUUCAGAAUGACACUGGACGAUCCAACCAAUCCGAACUUCACGGCCACGCAUACGUUUGUGAAGCUAACGCUGACCAGCAAUAUCGCACAGUUUUAUGACGAUACGGGACUCGGGAUAUAUUCACUGCAUCAAUACAAGGUUACAGUGUUCACUUCCGAAGGCAAUUCCACCAGUCUUCCUUCCCUUGGUUUCCGUACCGGCCCCUCCCCUCCCCUCUCGGGGCCAAAUGUCACUGCCAAAGCUUUCAAUCAUACGUCGGUACUUGUCACGUGGUCUCCACCAGUACUCAGUCUUCUCCGUGGCGCGGUCAAGGCUUACACAGUGUCCUACGAGCAUGUAACGUCAUCCACAAAGUUCAGGUUUGGGACCGUUACCGGUAACGUGACUAGUCUGGUUGUCACACAACUCAAGCCAAGCUCCGACUACAGAUUCUGGGUUAAACUGGACAACGGUGCUGGUGAAAAAGAGAGCGAUCCGGUCACUGAACGGACGCAGGAUGGAGCCCCAGAAGGCUUCGCUGCCCCCAUCUUGUACUCGGAGAGCAGUACGGUCAUCCGGGUCUCCUGGACCCCGCCCACCACGCCCAACGGACAGAUCUCCGCGUACAAGAUCUACGCAAAUAAUAUGCUUCGAGUGAACGCCUCUGCUAACCAGAGAGUUGCCUCAGUGAGUGGCCUAUCGCCAUACACACAGUAUACCAUCAUGGUGGAGGUCUGUACCGUGUACACGUGUACCCGGAGCCCGACAAGCACCGCGCGCACCCAGCCGGAUGCUCCUAGCGGGCUCGCUGCCCCACAGCUGACCGCGGGACCCAACACAAUGCGCGUGGACUGGGCGCCCCCAGCACAAGAGAAUGGAAUCAUGCGAAGUUAUCAGCUGUACCGUAGACGAGUGUUCCAGUGCCCCACCAGCCCUCCCCCCACAGCAGUGUGCACGUACGUCGAAUGCACCAUAUCCGACCAGCUAUGUGGAGCAACAUGCUACAACCCGGCACAAAAGGUAUGCUGUGACGGAGUCCUCCAUGAUAAAGACGCGCGCAAGUCGUGCUGUGACUCGGCCUAUCUUGUGAAAAACAGCGCCAACGAUGUAUGCUGUGGGAAUCAAUUCUACGUGAAUAGACCAGACUACAAGUGUUGUUAUGGCAACUACUUGCGUGUGCCCUCGGGGAGUGUCUGUUGCCAGGGUAACGGAGGCGUAGUGGUUGGUUUUGGAGACACAUGCUGUAGUGAUACUCCAUAUUUUGUCAACAAUUCCAAGGUUUGUGUCUGUGGCAGCCUGUACGACCCCCUCCCCGCCCGGAAGUGCUGUGGUGGUAGAGUGGUAGCUAGUGCGCAGGUCUGUUGUGGCGAUGCGGCCAAGGGCAAUGCGUAUGACGUCACAUCCGGUAAAGAGUGCUGCGGGCUUGAUUACGUGACGCGUGACCACACGCUGUGUUGCGAAGGAGCACUUGGUGCUUACAAGGUCUACAACUACUCAAGCGCUGCCGACAAAGCGGCCCGUAGUGACCAAUGCUGCAAAACGAACCGAGUGGCCAUCGGUCUGAGCUGUUGCAACGAUCGUGGCUACAAUGCCUCUUACCAGGUUUGCGCGGACAAAUCCAGCUCUUCCCAGACCGGAUGCGGAAAUGGUGCCAUAUGCAACUCGUCCCAGGCCUUGACAGCCCGUUGCAACCGCUGCGAUUUCGACUCCUCGUCCCUAAACUGCGGAUUCGUCAAAGGGUACUACGCCCCCACAUUAGUUACGCCGACAGCUCGCACAUGCGCAUCCGAGUAUGUCGAGCUUUUGAACGGAGUGCCCGACCCCAACAAGUUUACUUUGCUGGAUGUUGGACUUUCUCCGCACACGCUGUACGAGUAUUACGUGGUUGGGUACAACGACGAAGGGAACACCACUAGUCCAACGGCCAGAAACCGCACCCUGAUGGCCAGUCCAGAGGGUCUGACCCCGCCCAUCGCUAUCCCAGUAUCUGCCACGUCAAUAAAAGUCACCUGGAAACCGCCUACAGUUCUCAAUGGCGUGUUGAAGGAGUAUGUUCUCACGCGUAUAAAUCAGCAGAGCAACCAGAGGGUUGAAGUCUACAGAGGACUGAAUGAGUCCUUCCUGGACACCUCUGGCCUGGAACCUUUUACAGGCUACAUGUAUCAGCUGCAGGCGUGUACAACAGAGUGCGCGGCGGUUUUGUCCGCGGUUGUGUUUACCGGCCAAUCCAGGCCAACCGUUGUCAGCCCGCCUGGUCUAGAGGCUCUCAACUCUACGAGUAUACGAGUCACGUGGACGACGCCGCCUAAACCGAAUGGUGUGAUCAUAGCUUAUAAUGUGACUCAAGUCGUCAAUGGAUCUUACGGGAUCCUGCUAAACCCUAACGAUAACGGUCUCGCGAUGUCUCUGAUUGUUAUCAACCUAAGGCCUUAUACUAACUACACCUUCAAGCUAACUGCGUGUACGAACAUAGGAUGCGCGGAUAGUCCACCUGCCAGUGUUCUCACUAUGGAGGCCGCACCUGAGAGUAUGCAGGCUCCGAGGCUAACCCCUCGUUCCUCGAGAGAGGUCGAGGCGUUAUGGCGAGAACCCGCAGUCCCUAAUGGUAUUGUCGUGCAGUACUCACUCUACCGUAGCUCCCGAUUGGUAUAUUACGGAACAGACGUCUGCACUAAAGAUAACCAAGAAAAAGACGAAUGCAUAUUCAAGGACAAAAACCUUACUCCCAAUACUCUGUACAACUAUAGUGUGACUGUCACGACAGGAGGUGGAAACACGUCAAGUCCCAUUGUUACUGUUACAACACCGGAGAGCUCACCUGAAGGUAUCCCUCUGCCACGGCUCACCGCACGCUCCGCCAAUGAAAUCUACGCUGAAUGGGACGCACCAACCACGCCCAAUGGGGUAAUCAUCGCUUAUGGCAUUAUUGUCGACGGUGCGCAAUAUAAUACGAGCCUGGUCCGUAAUAAACUGGUGACAGGACUCACGCCGUACACCCGCUAUGCCUUCCAGGUUACCGCGUGCACGGCUCAGGGGUGCGGUAUUGGUGACCGGAAAUUCUUGCGCACCCUUGAGGCACCGCCCUCGGGACAGGGUGCUCCUACUGUGAUUGCCAAAGAAUGGAACGUAGUAACGAUAUCCUGGAGCCCUCCAAGUACUCCAAAUGGAAUCAUAACCUCGUACGAAGUUCAACGCAGAAGCGACAAUGAAGUGCCAAUAAUAGUUUGUCUGAAGAACCAGCAGACCGGUUUGACAACGAAUUGUCUAGACAGCGGAGGAAGCCUUCGCGGCUAUACCGUCUAUCGAUACCUAGUGUAUGCGAUAAAUGGGGCCGGCAGAUCGCCCGGCCCAUAUGCUGAGGUUCGCACGAUGGAGGGACCUCCCAGUGGGGUAAAAAAGCCCGCUGUGACAAUCAUUAAUGCCACCGCGGUAACGGCUACUUGGGACGCACCUCAGGAGCCCAACGGGAUUAUCCUCCAUUAUGAGCUGCGCUAUCAGGUCUUCUCCGCAGCGAACGUGCAACCCCAGGUUGCCGGAAGAGUUGCUGCUAAUGUCUUUAACUUGACGGUGAAUGUGUUCAAGCCAAAUACGAAUUACGAGUUCCUGAUCGCGGCCAUCAACAGCAGGCACGAGGGGGUCAGUGCAUGGGCGUUAGCCAAAACCAAAGAGGCACCACCCCAGGACUUGAAACCGCUCCAGGCAGAGAGGAUCUCAGGAGGUACGAGCAUGAGGUUGUACUGGGAAGAACCUGGUAGUCCGAACGGUCGCAUUACGGAGUAUAAUAUCUACAAGGACGGAAUUCAGUUGUAUCGUGGUACGACUUUGGAGUACACUGUGACCCGGUUGACGCCCUACACUGCGUACGAGUUCCAGCUAGAGGCAUGUACCGCAGCGGGAUGUACGAGGGGUCAGAUGCAGACCCUGUACUCGGCGGAGGUGACACCGACCGGACUUGCCCCACCCACCACCGGCUUUACCAACGAUACGGCUGUCCUCGUGACCUGGAGACCACCAGCAGUGCCAAACGGUGUCAUACAGCGCUACGACGUCAUCCGCACCAGUACCGCGCUGCCAGCGCGUCGUCGCCGUCGAGCAUCUUCAGAGCUGAUUAUUUACUCAACUAAUAACACCAACGCGUCACAGUACCAAUACCUUGACACAAACCUGUCACCUUACACGCGCUACCAGUACAAAGUACGGGCUCUUAAUAAAGGAGGACAGGUGGACAGUGAUUGGAUAACAGUCGACACUAAAGAGGCACCCCCAGGAGGGGUAGCCACGCCUACAGUUAGUACAAUGGACGCGUACAGGCUUAACGUGUCUUGGACAGUACCUACUAAACCAAAUGGGAUCAUCCAGUACUACCUGGUCUACAGGAAUGGUAGUAUUGCGCACAAAGGCGAGGGGCUGAGUUUCCUGGACUCGGGAAAAGAACCGUACACUGCGUAUAGUUACACAGUGAGCGCGUGUACCGGAGGGGGCUGCACGGAGGGCGGGGAGGGCGUUGGCCGGACUGCCGAGGCAGCACCCACCGAUGUUUACCCUCCUUCCCUUACCCCUGUUAGUGCGUAUGCUAUACGAAUUGAAUGGAGAACCCCUGGCAAGCCGAAUGGAAUCAUUACAGAAUUUGAAGUCUAUGAGGGCAAUACACGAUUGUUCUCUGGUCUAGACAAAGCAAUAACGAGCAGCGGACGUAAGCCUUAUACACUGUACUCCUUCAUUUUGAAGGCGUGUACUCGCGCAGGGUGUAGCAGCAGCACCCCUGCCUCUGCCCGCACACUUGAGGCUGCCCCUGGUAUCAUGGCUGCACCGGUAGCGACCGUGGGCGGGGCCUCCCUUGUUAGAGUGCAGUGGAGCCCCCCAUCUGAAAUGAACGGCGUCCUGCUGUACUAUUUACUCACUCGGGACUCGGUCAUCAUAUACAAUGGCACUGACCUCACCUUUAACGACUACACUGUGGCGCCUUAUAAAGUCUACUCAUACAAGGUCAAGGCGGUUAAUAGCGCCGGUCAUGGCCCGGACAGUCCGGCAGGUACAAACCCAGCGACAAACCCUGGCGCACCGGAUAAUGUUGCCACGCCCAAGUUGACGGUCCUGAGUGCGAAUUCCAUCAGGGUUCAGUGGACGCCACCUGGAAAGCCUAACGGUGUCAUCGAGAGAUACUUUGUGUUGUACAACAACCUUGAAGUGAACGCUGGGCUUGACCUUGUCAGGGUUCUCACGGAUUUAGACCCGUUUACACUCUACGCUGUCCGAAUCAAAGCCUGCACCACAUCAGUAGCUUGCAGCACCGGAACAUCGGCUACGGCUCGCACCCUUGAGGCACCGCCUUCACAGCAAGGACCUCCAGUCUUCCCCAUCAAUGAGAUCACCGCCAACUCCAUCCUCAUAACUUGGUCCGGACCGGUUAAACCUAACGGAAAUAUAACUCGGUUUGAGAUUGAGCGCCGGGUUUUGAGCCGAUCCAGUGUCAACGUAGUGUCAUACGGACCGGUUGUCUCGGUCUUUAACGGCACGGAUCUCCAGCAUAGGGACCCCACUGUCAGUCCAUAUACCGAGUAUGAGUACCGGGUGACGUCAUUUAACAGCGCGGGGAGUGCAAGCAGCAGCUGGGUCGCGACUCGUUCCCUGACGGCACCGCCAGCUGGUGUACCUGCGCCCACGGUCGUCAGCUUUACGCAGACCAGCGUCACGGUUGCCAUCAGUCCGCCCCAGACCCCCAAUGGAGAGAUCAGAAGAUACGUGUUGGUGGUUGGUGCGAACAAUAUAUCUUCCAAUUUAGAAAUGCAGCGCCUAGCUUCCGGUUUACAGCCCUAUACCCAGUACCCUUUCCUCGUAUUGGCAUGCACGGACGCUGGGUGCACAGCAAGCCCAACAGUUACUAUUCGAACAGCUGUCGGAACUCCGUCCGAGUUCUCCGCUCCACGGGUUGUCAGCCUCGGUUCCCGUACGGUUGUGCUGGCUUGGGAUGAGCCAUCCAAACCUAACGGUGUUAUUCAAAGUUACGAGGUCCUGAAGCGUGUCUCGUGUAACUCGUGCGAGAUGCCAGCAAACGGUACGAGCGUAGGACUGGAGCGAAGCUACAACGUGACUGGCCUCGCCCCUUACGUCACGUACGACUUCAUCAUCCGCGUCUACAAUACACGGUACAGCGGCAUGUCGGACAUCAAGGCCGUCAUCACGUCAGCUGAAGACCCCGUGGCUGUUGGCACACCUCCUCUUGUCAAUGUGACCGGGUUCCACGUGUCGGUGGACUGGAGCAACUGCUUUACAUUGAACGGGCCUCUUGACGAGUACCUACUUCUCGAGGAUGGGAUUAUCGUGUAUUCGGGAAGGAGGGCAUUCAGCGACUUGCCAAACAGGCCAAGAGGAGAAAAAACAUACGCCGUCAAAGUGACCACCAUCGUGAAUGGGGUCAAACGAGAAGCCCUGGCUCCUUCCAUAACCGUCACUGUACCCAAGGAAGGCACGGGUGUUCUCCCCACCGCCUCUGCACGGGAAUCAGUCCCCUUCUAUCGCAGCAUCUGGUUCAUCGCCGUCAUCGUCCUUGUCGCCAUCCUAGUUCUCUUCCUCCUCCUCGCGCUAUGCCUCAAGAAACGCAGCGGGGACCGGACAGUCUACGUCCGAGAACGCGAGCCCCUUCCACCACGCACUAAGAUGCGGUCACGCCCACCGUCCAUGUCUAGCAUAUAUGGCACGCCAUCUACUGAGCGUAGGGCUGGGAGCGUCAUGGAUCUCCAGUACACGAAUGGCGGCCCAUUCCAGGGCAGCACAGUCGCACUAUUCGAUAGCACAGAGCAGCUCGGUAAACAGGAUUACAACCUGUACGACCGGUAUAACCCGUAUAACCGGUCGCUGGACCUGACAGACGGUAGCGUGCACAAGUUUGGCAUGGACGAGAGCUCGGACUGGGAUGGGUUUCUACGCACGUACAGCAGAAGCAAGGACUCAGGGCUGUACACUGACGAAAAGCUGCCGAUAUCAGACAGCGACGAGGACGAGAACAGUACGCCUCAGCAAAGCUUCAAACGAGAACAGUACUUCACCGACACUCAUUUAUAGGUCACGUGAUUAUUAGAGUCUAGUUAAUAGUGUCGUUACCAUAGUAGCCAUGGAGUGGCCCAGGCCCCCCCUCUUUCUGGUCCAGUAUAGCUAUUACGUCUCAGUCGUUACGUCUCAGUUGGAAACGAAUGUUCUUGAGAAAUCACUUUGCUCCCUCCCCCACAAGCAAAAGUCCUGGCCAUGCCCCUGACAGCAUUGCGUUGAAUGUCCCAGGGCAAAGCGAUUCUUGCCUGCUUUAAAUGCUGACGUGAGAAAAAUCUAGGGCAUUUUUCUUAAAGCUGAUCAAGACGGUACGAUUUAGUCGUAUGCUACUCGCCCGCAACACACCUACAACUCGAGUCGUAGAGUGUAAAUCAGCCCACGACCACGCUACGAUGCUCGACUACGAAAGUCGAAAUGUGUAAUUCAGGGCUAAGACAUGUCGUAGGUAAGUCGCAUACGACAAAAUUGCGUCUAAAUCAGCCUUUAGAUUAGUAAUUAUUCAGGCUCAGCGCAGAGCAAAUAGUACCUUUCAAUUGGAUUGGUAAUUUAGGCUACCUUGAGUUGCUACUUCACUACCUUCAGAGUGUGAAUCUGUUUACAAUUAGUUGAUAUUUUAAAUAUGUCACUGAGAAUAUACAUACAUCUGUCUAAGGACAGCGUGUGAAUAAGAAAUUAGAAGAUGAUUACAUAUUUUGCACUGAGAAAAUAUUUGUUUGUAGAUAGUUAUUACCAUAUUGAUGGUAUAUUCCUCUCUUAUGUAAACGUGGAUAUCGCGCCAUAUCACUACCCGCGCCUUCUCGAGCGCUUGUGUACUUGAAAACUUGAUCAGGCAACUGUUUUGAUUUUAAGAUUGUUUUUAUUUUUGCGCAAUGCUACCCUGAGGUUCUCGAAGCGCAAAAAGCCCCAAGAGGCGUCCAACUAGUCCCGAGGAGACGGCGGGCGGUGCCGAAAGCGCGACGAACGAAUGCCGAUGGAAGGGCGAGCGUUUGCGUCACCGUUUGGCCCUUUUUUUAAGCCUGGCCGCGACUAGUUUCUGGAACCUAGGGUAGCACAUUGCAAAUUCUGCGCGAAAAGCUUGUGUCCAUACUUACAGUACACGCUUAAAAUUCCGUGCAACAAAAUGAAAUUGUUAAAGUGUAAUAGUCAAGACAGAACAAAAGAGAACAAAAAGAUUACAGUGUAUUAGUACUAAAUAACCUAAAUAGUAUUUUACGGGUUUUUGAAAACCACUCUAUUUCAGUAAUAUAGUUAAUGUUGAGUCUUGAUAACUCCCUGUCACCCUCGCAGCCUUUCGUGACACGUCACGCUAGGCGGCGUCAGUGUCGGGCAGGACUUGAACACGAGGGGAACUAAAAUAUGGCUCGAGUUAAUCGGGAAACCUAGUUUGCAAGGGCUCGUGUUACCGAGGAUUCGAGUUAUCCGGAGUUAAUUUUCAUUGUUUUUAGUAUUCUUCUCGUAUACGAGCUGUUCUUUGCACGAUACUGGCUAGCUUUGCUUUCCAUCGGAUUCUAGAGCUCUUUUGUCGCCCCUCGUUACUUGCAGCCAAUUCUUAGGCUGUCUCGCAUCAAAUCCAGCUUUCCCAUACAUGCACAACGUAUAACAAUCCUUUUCCUAUAUUAUUAGUAAAUCGCUAUUGCAUUCUGUAUUUGUAUCACCUGUAGUAUUUGUUAUAUUUGUAAAAAUAUCUUUUUCUAAUAAAGCACAAUUAAUAAUGAA